AUGGGUUCGCUGGUGGCCAARCUCCUUCUGCCCACCCUCAGCUCCYUGGCUUUCCUCCCCACCAUCAGCAUCGCGGCCAAGCGGCGUUUCCACAUGGAAGCCAUGGUUUACUUCUUCACCAUGUUCUUCGUGGCGUUUUUCCACGUUUGCGACGGCCCUGGGUUGUCAGUGCUGUGCUUCAUGCGCUACGACAUCCUGGAGUAUUUCAGCAUCUACGGAACAGCCCUGUCCAUCUGGGUGUCCCUGAUGGCCCUGGCAGAGUUUGACGAGCCCAAGAGAUCGACCUUCAUCAUGUUUGGCGUCCUCACCAUCGCCGUGAGGAUCUACCACGACCGCUGGGGCUACGGCGUCUACUCGGGGCCCAUCGGCACGGCCGUGCUGGUCAUCACUGUCAAAUGGCUGCAGAAGAUGAAGGAGAAGAAAGGGCUCUACCCUGACAAGAGCGUCUACACCCAGCAGAUCGGUCCUGGCUUCUGUUUCGGGGCGCUGGCGCUGAUGCUGAGRUUCUUCUUUGAGGAGUGGGAUUACACCUACGUGCACAGCUUCUACCACUGCUCCUUGGCCAUGGCUUUCGUGCUGCUGCUGCCCAAGGAGAACAAGAAGGCUGGGAGCGCCGGGAMCCCCGCCAGGCUGGACUGCUCCACGCUCUGCUGCUGCGUCUGA